UCGGACUCAGUGCCCAGUUUGCCGUGUGUAUGCAGAUUUGGAUCAGGAGUUCCAAAGUGCUUACCUCUGUGGUGGAUGAGAUCAAAUCGACACCUUAGAAGAUCGAAAUAAAGCCCUAGAACAAACACUACAGCCAACUGCCAGCCUUGAGAGGAGUCUAUUGCUCAUAGAUCGAGAACUAGCAGGACCAGAGAUCAAGAAAAAAGUCUUUGAGUAUGUGAUACAAAGGCGCAUACUUUGUUGGAUGGAUGAAAUUCUUCCUAUUGUUCUCACAGAAACAGAUGAUAGAGGACAUGACAAAAUAACCAAACAAGACAAGAACAACUGCACAGAAAACAAAUUUAGGAAGAAGCCGAAUACAGGUUCUGAUUACUACAAGUGGAAUUCAAAAUGCAGGACUGUAAAAAAAACCCAGAACUGGAGUCAGACCCACAGGACAUUCAACAAGUAUAUACAAUAGGGAUUAUGCCUCCAGAUCCAAAGAAACCAAACGAAACAUGGUAUACAGCAAGAAGAAAAAAAAUGAUUUGUAUUGCCUCCAGUGUUUGCGUGCUCAUAGCGGCGGCCAUCAUUAUCGCUGUGCUGUGUUCGAUUUAUGCCCCAAUAACGAGUACAAACUGUGAAAAGAAAUGUGGAACAAAUGGAACCUGUGUGCUUUCGUCCCAGUGGUGUGAUGGGGAACCUGAUUGUCCUAAUAAGGAAGAUGAGACAUCCUGUGGAGAAACAAAAGCUUGUCAGAUGCCAUGUGGAAGCUCUGGUGCCUGUGUCCUUUAUUCUCAGUGGUGUGAUGGACUUUCCCAGUGCCCUAGUGGAGAAGAUGAAAAAACCUGUGUUCGACUUUCUGGACCCAACUUCCAACUAGAGGCCUAUUCUCCUACAAAAGCAACAUGGCUGCCGGUGUGCUAUGACAGUUGGAGUGACAACAGUGGAAAGAUUGCCUGCCAGAACAUUGGAUAUAGCAUGAGCACCUAUGUGGGGAGCAGUCAGUUGUUGGCCUCCUCAAGAAAUGGUUAUGUCAAGCUCAAAUCCAGCACCGUGACUGGCAAGUUGUACCAAAAUCUUUAUUACAGUACUACCUGUACCACAGGGAAAAUGGUUUCAUUGCGCUGUAUAAAUUGCGGUUUAUCUACAAAGGUGGAUAGCAGAAUAGUAGGAGGCACAUUUGCUUCAGCAGGAGAUUGGCCGUGGCAAAUAAGUCUUCUGAAGAAAGUCGGUACCAGCACUUAUUUAUGUGGUGGAUCCAUCAUCACACCAUACUGGGUAGUGACUGCUGCUCACUGCGUAUAUGGAUAUACUUCUUCUCCAUCCAUAUUUAAAGUAUUUGCUGGAACGAUCACCCUUUCCAGCUAUUCUUCUGUUGGCUAUUUGGUGGACAGAGUGCUAAUGCAUCCCAGCUACGUAACAAACACAUACAACUACGAUGUUGCUCUGCUUAAGCUUAAAACAGCUCUUGUAUUUACUAAUAAUCUCAGACCCGUAUGUUUACCUAAUGUUAGGAUGCCCUGGGCAGCUGGACAACCAUGUUGGAUAUCUGGAUGGGGAACAACAUCAGAAGGAGGUAGUAUUUCCACUACUCUAAAGGCAGCUUCAGUGCCAAUUAUCUCCUCCACUACAUGCAACCAAGCCUCGGUGUAUGGUGGAGCCAUCAGUUCUACUAUGAUAUGUGCUGGUUAUCUCAACGGAGGAACAGACACUUGCCAGGGUGACAGUGGUGGACCUCUGGUUACCAAAACCAACUCCUUGUGGUGGCUUGUUGGUGACACAAGCUGGGGAUACGGAUGUGCCAGGGCCACUAAACCUGGUGUAUAUGGGAACGUUACUGUCUUUUUGGAAUGGAUAUACUCACAGAUGCAGACAUACGGUGGCUGAAUGGAACAUCACAGAUGAGAGCAAGAGAACAUGAACAAGAGCAAGAGACCGUGCUUUUUAAUUGAGUCAAAUACAGUAAUGACUGUAAUAUAAGAAGUAAUUUAAGAGGAACACAUACCUUAUUUGUACAUAGAAAUUUACCUUUCCUUCAGGGUGCGGUGGUGUAACAGACAUUGGGGACCAAUUAUAAAGUAGAACUAUCAAGGCAAUAUAUAUAUGACUAUGUACACAUGUAAUAGAGGCUGUUUACUGAGUCUUCUGUAAUUGGUUUACAGCCUUAAAUCUGAUACACUAGGUUCUAUGAAACACAACCAUUAAGGUCCCCAUACAUGGAUAGAUCCGCUCGUUUGGCGAUGUCGCCAAAUGAGCGGAUCUCCCUCCGAUAUGCC